CGAGUCUGCCACACGCCGGGGCUGUGCACAAACUUCCACAUGGACAGACGCUAGAGCUCAGGGUGAUGCAGACCUGUUUUGAGGGUUGCUAGGCUCCUCCCACAAAUACUUGAGGAACUGUCUAGAAUCCUCCAUGUCUCUCACUCCCAGCAGGAGGCAGCCCUCGUGUCAGCGCAGGCGUUCUGUGGGGACCAGUGCGAGCAGAUACACCCAAAGCGAUGCCUCCAGUACAAACACUUACCCGGGGCGAGGGAGAGCGGUGGAGGGCAGUGCCAGGACUUACCCAAGCACCCCCAGGCGCCAGGCCAAGUACGGACACUGCAACGAGAACCACGGGAUCAGGGUUCCUUCUCCUGAGCAGUACCUCACGCCUUUACAGCAGAAGGAGGUGUGCAUACGCCACCUACGGGCCAGGCUGAGGGAGAACACGGAGAGACUGCAGCACAGGGACUUUGAAAUAGACGAUUUAAGGACCCAGUUGUACCGGAUGCAGGAGGAGUGGAUCGAGGGGGAGUGUCAUCGGGUUGAGGCGCAGCUGGCUCUGAAAGAAGCCCGCAGAGAAAUCCAGCACCUUCAGGAAGUGGUGGAGACUGUGAGGUCCAACCUGGGAGUCCGGACCGUCGACCCCCAGGACAACAAGCCAUACGCCGGACUUCAGGCAGCUCGAGGGGGCAGAUCUCGCUCCUGCGGCUGCUCCCCUGCCAGUACUCUGAGCCGAAGUGCUUCUCACAAACGCAUGAGCACUGAAACGCUACACCCAGACCCCAGCGGAGCAUCAAAACCACCAGGGCAAACUCACCUCCUCCUGGAAGCUAGUCUGCUAUCAGAACAACUUCCACCGCAAGGAGGACUCUUACAAACAUCUCAGAAUGUUCCUCACUCAUCCUCGUUUGACAGACUCUACUGUGGCGGUACUUUACUCCCACUGUCCCACUCCUGCCACAGCCUCGGCACCACCUGUAGAUGCAGCGGGCACAGCUACCCACCCCACCACCAUUUAUUUCUACAUUUACCCCAAGAGGAGCCACCGCCGACAGUAACGACCACCACCUCUGAUCCCAUCCCGACCCCUACCGCCCCGUCUGACAGGAAAACAGAGGUGCGCUCUCAGGCCUGCAGCCCCACUAUGACUUGGCUCAGUGACAACAGUGUAAUUCAAGAGAUAAGCGUCAUUUCGUUAUCAGCUCCAACCGAUUUGGCUCCGUCAGAACCACCAACGCUGCAGCUGUCCUUACCUCGCACAUCCCCCAUUGAGACUUCAGACAGCGUAGACGCCUCAGCUCCUCAUGAUUCAAAACACCAGGCGAAAAGUACUAUACCGACGCCCCGAACGACCCAACCACACGCCACAGCUGAACCUCCAGACAAACACGGCAGCGCGGAGCCGGCGGAGACUGAGGAACAACCUGAAGAACCUCUACAAGACGGCACAGAAAGAGUACCUCCUCAGCGCUACCACUGGAGUCGCUACUUCCUGGUUGAUCUUCUAGCUUUAGCGAUGCCCGUGGUCCCGACGAUGGCGUGGCUGUGUCGGGGGGCGCCGCGGGACGAUAUGCCCGUUUACCACAUAGGCUCCCUGCUCCGAGGCUGCUGCGCCGUCGCUCUUCAUUCUCUUCGACGGCAGGGCGUAGGCCGAGGAGGAGGGAGAGGAGGAGGAGGAGCUGGUUCUAACAGUCAAAACGGGACAACGUAG